AUGUCUCAAACCAGAAAGCGUGAGGGAAGUGAAAACGAAGCCUCUAUUAAGAGAGUUAAGCUCGACUCCACUAUCUUGGAUCCAAAUCAAACAUUGUACGUCAAAAAUUUAAAUGAUAAAGUGAACUACGAUGUACUUAUCCAUAACCUUUAUUUGAUAUUUUCAACAUAUGGAGAUGUCAUUGAAAUAAAUAUGAAAAGAAAAAGUAAACAGAUGAGAGGACAGGCGCAUGUUGUGCUUGACAGUACCAAAAAUGCUACUCUGGCUAUUGAGAAUUUGCAGGGCACAAUAUUUUUCAACAAGCCAUUGGUGCUAAACUAUUCAAACAAAAAGUCUAAAGUAGUUAUAAAAGCUGAGGCUACAUUGGAAAAUCUUUCGGAAGCAGUGAACUCAGCUGACAUGUAA